CACUAUCGACACCGUCAAGCGCCCGGGCUGCUUGAUGCAGACAACCCCUGCCUUACUGUCUCCAGGCAUCUCAUCCUGCUCAAGCCGGGCCAAUAAUUGGCCUCAGCUUGGACUGUUAUACCCCGCAGCAGAUGGACGUCAUGGUUCGCAGGCAAGGGUGUUUCUGCGUUCUAGGUUCAAUGCAUUAUUGUUUUGGUCCGAGUUUCCAAGGGCUGAGCCAUGGGUUGAAACAUCGCAGUGGGCAUAUUACCAGGUAACAUGUCAGGCAAAAGAUCACACUUCUCUGGUUGAUUGGCUGCCAUUAGCUCAGUGGAAUGAGCAGGGUCUCAGAGGGUCAAUUGUAUACCCGUCUGCUCCUACUCUUCAGUCUACCCAUGUCACUUUCUAUAAAUAUAUACAAAAUAUGUACAUAUAUAUAGGGUGGCAGUGACAGCUUGUGCUAUCUUCACCUUUAUCGGAUAACUAUUUUCAUAUUCUUCUCUUCUCAUACUUAUUUUCCUAUUCAAUGCCUCUUAGUGUUGCUGGUCAACACUUUCUUUCCAUUCACACUUGACUAUUGAUACACUUUUGUUCUUUCUUUAUAUUAGUUUUACUUGCCUAUACCAAAGAUUUCUUUUCUUACUUUUUCAACUCUCUUUCUGCUGCAGAACUUGCCACAACAUUCUUUUUCUUGGUUCAUACGACUACUGCUGCAUGCUUGCCCAAAGAACCUUACGGACUGUUGUUACCUCGCAACUGCUACAUCCAAACCACGGAUUCGAUAUCAGCGUCGUCAUCGCUACCCAGGCGCUCCUUCCUACAGCAUCAUCAGUCUUUGACGUCAUCGACUUCAACAAUCACUGAUUCUGUUCAGUUCUCCUCUAUCGAACUUGCCAUCAUUGACAUAAUCGAAAACACUGGGAUCGCUCUUGCUCAUAGCCAUUCGCCACCCAGGAUCGUCUAUAAAUAUCUCCUCAACUCCCUUCAUUUUCCUCUUCCUUUUCUCUUCCUUUCAUAUCACAGAUUUUCGUCUACUCUACUACAGACACAUUCGCAAAUAUCCCUUUUCCUUGCGAACCUCACUUCAAACUCGAACAACAUUUCCACUUUAUCUUUCCCAUCUUCUUUCCUCUUCCUCAAGGGUUAUCACUCCACCAAACCCUUGAUCAUGGCACCCAGAAUUCUAUCAACUCUUCUCUACCUACUCGCUAUUGCCCCCCUGGCACAUUCUCACAGCUGGGUAGAGGAGCUGGAUGUCGUUGCCAGUAACGGAUCCUUUACUGGCGAACCUGGCUACAUCCGUGGCCAUGUCUCUCGAACGGCCCAAGGAUUCAACGACGACUUGAUGACCAGUCGUCUCCCUCCGAAUGGGCGGCCUGCAAAUGUUGGGAUUAUCCCCAGCGACCACAUGUGCAUGCCGUCCCAACGGAAUCAGCAGCAGACGGAGGGCUGGCCCCGACUAGAGGCUAAACCUGGCGACGUUGUCGCCCUUUUGUACCGGGAGAACGGGCAUGUCACUUUACCAGAUACCCAGCCCGGGAAACCUAAGAACCGCGGAACCGUCCAUGUAUACGGUACCAGCAAACCCCGUCCGGAUGACAAGUUCCUAGACAUCCACGGGGUAUGGAACCAGGACGGAACAGGUGGCGAUGGACGAGGCAAGCUUCUCUCACGCCAAAACUUCGACGACGGACGCUGUUACCAAAUCAAUGGUGACAGAAUUUCAACGGAACGGCAACAAAAGUACCCGCAUGUUCCUGACGAGUUUAUGGGGGCAGACGUGGCAUGCCAACACGUCUUAAGACUGCCCUCGGACGCCGUCCCUGGAAACGUCCUAUCGAUGUACUUUGUGUGGGACUGGCCGACGGCCCCGGGGGUAGAUCCCAACCUUCCCCAUGGAAAGACAGAGAUCUAUACCUCGUGUAUGGAUAUUGACAUCGUCGCGUCCAAGAGUGAGACAGCCACAACUUCAACGGUCCACUACAUCGAUGGUCAGCCGUUGAACCGUGCUGCAGUUCCUUCACUGCUUACCAAUCUCGACCAGCAAGUGGACAGUGGCCCUUCUGAUGUCGAUGCUGUCUCUUCCACCUCGGUUCCACCGUCGCCGUCUGACGAGGAUGCUCCUACCGAAGGUUCAAUCGUUCCAAUUCCAACACCCACUCAACAUAAUUGGAAUUCCAGAGUCACUAGGCGUAGGUCGCGCCGCAACCGCCGCGAUCCCAACUUCUCCUAG